AUGCCACAACCAUUGGUAGCAAAAGUGAAAAACGUCUUGAGUGGCGACUCGGUGGUGCUUGUGCCUGCUAAAACAAACCAGGUGCCUGCCCCCGAGAGAAUUCUCACCCUUUCAAAUGUCCGUGGUGAAUCUUACGCCGCCAAGGAGUAUUUAAGACAACUUUUGAUCGGCAAAGAAGUCAAGUUCACGGUGCUCUACAAGACCCCCAGCGGCAGGGAGUUUGGUGAUUUGCAUGCGCCAGUGUUCGACUCGCUUAUUGAACAUCUCUUGGCGAAAGGCAUGGUUAAACUCAAGGAAAAUGAUACUGAGAGUGUUCCCGAAUUGGUCACUGUCGAAACCAAGGCUCGUACAGCAGGUUUAGGGGUCUGGGGAGGUGAAAAUCUGGUUUCUGUGGAGGAAUUGACCCCGGAUAUCAAGGAAAAGUCCCAAAAAACUCCCAUUUCUACCGUUGUUGAAAAGGUGAUUUCGGGUGACAGAGUCAUGGCUCGCAUUAUCGUCAACAAAUCUCACCAUGUGGUCACCCCUCUUUUGCUUGCAGGUAUCCGUUGCCAGCGCACUGACGACGAAAAUGCAAAUAAAAAGAUUGCAAACGAAGCAAAGGCUUUUGUAGAGGAUAAACUCUUAACCACGAAUGCUGCUAUAAAGGUGUCUGUGGUUGGAGAAAGUCAAUCGGGUGUUCCAAUUGCACUUUUUAUCCACCCUUCAGGAAACAGUAUCCACGAAAAAUUGCUUGAGAACGGUUGGGCUGAAAUAGUUGACUGGCAACUGCCACUUCUCGGUUCCACGGUAAUGGGACAAUUGAGAAAAGCUGAACAAACUGCCAAGGCUUUAGGUAAAGGACUCCAUGCUUCUGUCAAACCAAAGAUUUUGGGUCAAAGCUCGAGCUCGUCAAAGUCUCUUCGUCCUGGACAAACCGUCGAAAAUGUGACAAUCGCCAAAAUUGUCGGCGCAGAUACUGUUGUCGUUCGUCUUCCUUCAGACGAAGAAUUGACGGUGCAACUUGCAUCUGUUAGGGCACCUCGUCCGCUGGACAUUACCAUUACCACUAACUCGCAAUUGCAAGGCUCAAUAGUCAGUUCUGCUAGAGAGUUUGUGAGACAUUUUGCAAUUGGCAAGAAUGCUGUGAUGCACAUUGAUGGGCUCAGAGCCGCCAACAAGGACCUUGGCUUCGACAGCCGUUUCCUCGUUAGACUUGUUGUAAGCGGUUACGACUUGUCGGAGGUUGUAGUGAAGAAUGGAUGGGCCACUGUUAUCAGACACAAUAAGGCUACUUCUGGAGAGAGAGCCAUGAACUGGGAUAAAUUGAUUGAAUUGGAAGAAGAACAAAAGAAGUUGGCCAAAAAGGGUAUCUUUUUCUCGGGUGACAUUUCCAAGGUUGUGACUGUUAGUCCUAGAAUUGUUGAUGCUUCUGAAAAUUUGACUAAAGCAAAGACUUUCUUGCCUGGGUUCAAGCAGAAGGGUAGAAUUUCUGGUGGGUAUUACGUCGAGUAUGUUUCCUCUGCUAACAGAGUGAAGCUCUUUAACCCUAAGGAAGGCACCAAGUUGACAUUAGUUCUUGGUGGCUUGACCAACAAUAAGAACAGUGCUCACGCUGAAAGUGGACUCAAGUUUAUGAACAGAAAGUUUUUGCAACGUCCCGUUGAGUUUGAAGUCUACGAUACCGAUAAAGUCGGUAGUUUUAUUGGGAAUCUCUACGCCAACUCCAAGGCACUUUCUCCAGUGCAAGUUACUCUUUUAGAGCAAGGUUUCGUUGCAACCCAUGAAAUUUCUCUUCGCUCCAACAAGUUUGGCGCCGAUAUGGAAAAAGCAGAGGAAGAUGCCAAGGCUGCGAAAAAGGGUAUGUGGUCCAAUUACGACGCAGCUGCUGAAAGAGCCCAGCAAGAGGCCAAUGAAGCCAGGAUCAGCUCGUUAUCAUUGGAGGCUACUAAGCCUAAAUUUUUUGAUAUUGAAGUUACCGAUAUUGAUCCCAGUGGGGUUCUUUCGUUCCAGAAGUUGGACGCCGACACCGAGGCUCGGUUUUCUUCGUUCAAGAAAAAGUUUAGUGAGUUCCACGCUCAGCCACCUAGUGCUAGCGAGAACUCCACUGAUUUACCGCACAACUUGAGUCGGGCUCCAAAGAAGAACGAAUUGAUUUCCGCCAAGUUUUCUGAAAACGGCAAAUACUAUCGAGCCAAGGUUGUUAAUUACGAUCGUACCAGCGCCAAAUAUGAGGUGAAGCACAUUGAUUUCGGUAACAUUGACAAGGUUUCCUUAAGCGGCUUGAGAUCACUUCCCAGUCAGUUUGGGGUGGCCCAGUACCCUGCUUUUGCCAGCACCACCAAAUUACAAGGUUUGGUGCUUCCUCCCACAAAGCCCACCGACUACCUUACCGAAGCUUUGUAUGCAUUAGAAGACCUUGCAUUCGACAAGAAGUUGGUAUUGAGUGCUGUGCCAUCUUCAGACUCUAGAGUCGACUAUGACGGUAUCAUCUAUGACGCCGAGCAAUCGCUCAAGGAUGCUAGUUACACCAUUAACAAGCAACUUGUGGCCGACGGAUGGGCAUUGGUAGACAAAGAAGUCAAGGACCAUCCUCACAUCAAAGACAUCUACCAGGGUUUGUUACGCAGUCAAGAGAGUGCCAGAAGCAGCCAUGUCGGGUGCUGGGAGUUUGGAGACAUUACAUUUGAUGAAGACGCUGCGUUGUGA